AUAAAAACAAAAAAAAUGUGUGCUAAAAUGUUUAGUGUCCUAGCCGGUGUAUUUAUGGCUGUGUCUUUCGUUCGGGGCAAUUCAGUAUCAUUCAUAACUCCAUGCAAAGCGACGGACUCAAAAUGCAUCAAAAACAAUAUCGCAACGGCUAUUCCAUUUUUCGUAAAAGGCAUUCCCGAGCUGAACAUAAAAACUCUGGACCCAUUGACUCUGAAGAAAGUGGAUGCCAGUAGAUCUGGACUCAAGUUUGUAAUUAUUGAUGGUGUUGUUGAAGGCAUGAAGAGUUGUGUACCGAAGAAGGCUUCACGAGACGCAGAAAAGGGAAAGCUGUUUAUAAAACUCCAAUGCGAUGGCAAACUGGAUGGGCAGUACGAGUUGAAUGGCCAACUUUUGAUCCUGCCUAUUCGAGGCAAAGGGGCUGUGCACGCCGUACUUAGAAAACUUGUGAUUAGUGCUGAAAUCGACUUAAAUGAAAAAGUUGGUGAGGACGGAAAAAAACACUGGGAAAUCAAAAACUCGAAGCAUUCAUUCGAGUUAAAAGAUAAAGCUGACGUGGUUUUCGAAAACCUGUUCGAAGGAAACGAAAUCUUAGGUUUCCAACUAAAGCCAUUCAUCCUCUCCGCGCAGUACAUACCGGACGCAGUACGACGACGCCCCAGCGUCAUGAGCGCCCUAAACGCAUUAUUGAGCGCUGUAUAG